UGACAUUGAUGAUACAAGGAGAGCUUGAUCUGGGUUGAUAACAUUCUUGGUUUUUUUUAUAAGAUAGAGAUACGUAGAUAGAUAUAUGUACGUUUAGAUAGGGGUUGGGAUAAUGAGCAAAGUGCUGGUGGGCAUUUUGAAGGCAGUGGAAGCAAAACUUAGGAAAUCACAAGCAUCUGCAAAGAAAGGGGCAAUCAGCAUUUUCACAACAAUGUCUGUCGCCCACGUCGAUGACGAGGCUAGCGAUGCAGAUGUUUGCCAAACGGAGAAGAUCUUCCCCAAUGGUGACAUCUAUAUCGGUCAGUGGGCUACGGACUACCCUCAUGGCAAUGGCAAGUACUUGUGGCCAGAUGGGUGUAUGUACCUUGGUGAAUGGUAUAAGGGCAAGAUCCGUGGUAAAGGCAAAUUCAGUUGGCCAUCAGGUUCAACUUAUGAGGGUCAAUUCAAGAAUGGGUAUAUGAACGGAGGGGGUACUUUUACAGGUUCUUUAAACGAUACUUAUAGAGGUUCUUGGGUUAUGAAUAGAAAACAAGGAAAAGGGACUCAGAGUUAUGCCAAUGGGGAUCACUAUGAAGGGGAAUGGAGAAAGGGAUUCCAUGAUGGGCAAGGGAGAUAUCAUUGGAGUAGUGGUCAUCAAUAUAUUGGGCAAUGGAAGAAAGGGAAAAUGAAUGGGAAUGGAACCAUGAUUUGGGCUAACGGGAAUAGGUAUGAUGGGAGUUGGGAAGAUGGAUUACCGAAAGGAAAUGGUACAUUCCAUUGGCAAGAUGGGAGUUUCUACGCAGGUGUUUGGAGCAGGGAUCAGAAAGAGCAAAGUGGCAAAUUUUAUCCUUCAACUUCACAAGAUCCUCAUGAUGACUGGGAUCCAAAUCAGCUGUUUUCAGUUGAGAUGGGUGAAUGCCUGAUCUGUGAGGGGGAAAACAUAUCAAUCUUUCCUUCAGAUAAGACAUUUAGUUGGUCUAGUGGUGAAGGAAAACCACCAAGGAAGAAUUCCAGUGGAAAUGACACCAAGGGUAGGAGAGUAUCGGUUGAUGGAAGGCUUAGCAACUGCGAUACCCUAACUUCGGAAGGAAAUUCGGGGAAUGGACUUUUUAGUGGAUCAAGAAAGAUCAGGACACAGCCCACAAAGAGGCAAGGUGUUACAAUAUGCAAAGGCCAUAAGAAUUAUGAGCUUAUGCUCAAUCUACAGCUUGGUAUAAGACAUUCUGUAGGAAGGCCUGCUCCAACUAAAUCUCUUAAAUUGAAGCCUACAGCUUUUGAUGCCGAGCAGAAGUUAUGGACCAAAUUUCCUCCCGAGGGAUCAAAACAUACUCCACCUCACCAGUCAUGUGAGUUUAAAUGGAAAGACUACUGCCCGCUGGUUUUCAGGACUCUUAGGAAAUUAUUUAACGUGGAUACGGCUGAUUACAUGUUAUCAAUAUGUGGAAAUGAUGCUCUUCGGGAGCUCUCCUCUCCUGGAAAGAGUGGAAGCUUCUUUUAUUUGACCAAUGAUGACAAGUACAUGAUCAAGACAAUGAAGAAAUCAGAAGUUAAAGUUCUAAAAAGGAUGCUUCCAGCAUAUUUCGAGCACGUUAAAUCCUUUGAGAACACCCUUGUUACAAAAUUCUUUGGACUCCAUUGCGUGAAGUUGAGUGGACCUAUCCAAAAGAAGGUUCGGUUUGUUAUUAUGGGGAAUUUGCUCUGUACCGAAGUACCUAUUCACAGACGCUUCGACUUGAAAGGGUCUUCUCAUGGCCGAAUAACAGAUAAACCUGAAUCCGAAAUCGAUGCAAACACCACCCUCAAGGACCUUGAUCUCAAAUUUAUCUUUCGGCUGCAGAAAGAUUGGUUUCAGGAGUUCUGUAGUCAAGUGAACAAAGAUUGUGACUUCCUUGAACAAGAGAGAAUUAUGGACUACAGUCUCUUGGUUGGUAUUAGCUUUCAAGAUACGGAAGCAACCGAGGGUAAACCACACAGAUCUAGCACAUUUUCUUACGCACGCACAUGCACAGACACGCUUGUACAACUUAUUGAACGAGAGGGUGCAAUUAUUUUAACAAGUUCUAUUUCUUCUACAGAUGUGGAUCUCAAUCCUACACGGUGGGCUUCUGUACGGCUCGGCAUCAACAUGCCAGCACGGGUUGAAUUCACGGUAAGAAGUCACGAGACUCAACUAGUUGGAGAACCAACUGGAGAAUUCUGUAAUGUCAUCCUCUUCUUCGGUAUUAUAGAUAUACUUCAAGAUUACGACAUAAGUAAGAAGCUUGAACAUGCAUAUAAAUCAUUCCAAUACGAUUCCACUUCCAUCUCUGCUGUCGAUCCCAGACUGUAUUCUAAACGUUUUCGGGAUUUUAUAUUUAGAGUUUUUGCAGAUGACAGCUAAAAGUUAUGCACUUUAUUCGGCUCGUGUUUUCAUGUUAAGAGCCGGUAGGCGUCAAAUGUACAGUCGGCCGGUCAAGACCGUUGACCGUGCUUACCGAUAAAUGUAACUUCAGUUGUAGAUUAGAUAGUGGUUAGA